AUGUAUCCCCGCUUCUUCCGCGCGAUCUCCCCCUUGUAUGUUACGUCCGAAAACCAACAUUUUAGAAAUGUCAGUGCUUUGCUCUCGACAUCUCAUCUGCGUCACUCCCAUCAUGGAGCAACCAACAACUACCUACCGAAUGUGCCCCCACUUACGAAACUUCACUCUCCCGAACACAUGGCGGAGGCGCGCACAUGGGUAGAAAACUUCAAGCAGGUUCCGACUCUCAAAGGUGCUGGUGGUGUGGACAUCUCGUUCUCGAAGAUAUCUGGGUCGGGUGGUCUGAACCAGCAUAUCAACAAGGCGAACCUAAAGGCAACCCUUCACUGCUCCGUCAACGCGCCAUGGAUUCCUGUCUGGGCUAGAGAGUAUCUAGAGAAGAACCCGCACUAUGUCGCCUCGUCACAUUCCAUCCUGCUCACCUCGACUGUAUACGAAUUACAAUCGCAGAACGCGGACGAUUGUUUUUCAAAGGUACUUCAUUGA